ACUCUCCUGUGGCUCCAUCCAAGCCAGGGUUGGGGCGGGGGGAGCCCAGAGGAAAACCAUCUCCCCUGUACCCGCUCCUCCCCGACAGCACUGGUCACCUCUCACCCUGCAGCACCCAGCCUGUUUGCCACCAAUUUACACAUCCAAACACACUGGAAGUUCCAGACCAGAGCCCUGGGAUGGGGAGGUGGAGACGACGAGGCGGCCGGGCAAAGAUACAGCUUGCAGCAGAGAUCAGCUGCCGGCUCCCAGCCCCCAACCAGCCCCAGCCAUGAACAUCCACAGGAGGGACCACCUUGGCACCGACCGUUCGGAGCCCCUCCCAGUCGUCAUCAUCGGCAACGGCCCCUCAGGCAUUUGCCUGUCCUACCUGCUGUCCGGCUACACCCCCUACGUGAGGCCAGAUGCCGUCCACCCGCACCCGCUGCUGCAGAGGAAGCUCGCCGAGGCGCCGGGGGUCUCCCUCCUGGACCAGGACCUGGAUUACCUGUCUGAAGGCCUCGAAGGCCGGUGCCAAAGCCCCGUGGCCCUGCUCUUUGACGCCCUCCUGCGCCCAGACACAGACUUCGGGGGAAACAUGGAGUCCGUUCUUACCUGGAAGCACCAGAAGGAGCGAGCCAUCCCCCACAUGGUCCUAGGCCGGAACCUGCCUGGGGGGGCCUGGCAUUCCAUUGAAGGCUCCAUGGUGACCCUUAGCCAAGGCCAGUGGAUGGGUCUCCCAGACCUGCAGGUCACGGAGUGGAUAGGCAGGAAGCGGAGAGGCCUUCGCAACAGCCGUGCCACGGCUGGGGACAUCGCUCACUACUACAGGGACUAUGUGACCAAGAAGGACCUGGGUCGCAACUUUGUGUCCGGCGCCGUGGUCACGGCCGUGGAGUGGGGGACGCCUGAGUCCGGCGGCUCCGGGGGCCGGGAGCCCAGCCCCCUCUUCCAGGUGAGCGGCUUCGUGACCACCGAGGACCAGAGCCGACGGCCCUUCUCCCUGUGCGCCCGCAACGUGGUCCUGGCCACGGGCACGUCGGACAGCCCGGCACGGCUGGGCAUCCCCGGGGAGGCCCUGCCCUUCGUCCACUAUGAGCUGGCGGCCCUGGAGGCGGCCGUGAGGGCGGGCGCGGUAACCCCAGCCUCCGACCCCGUCCUCAUCGUGGGCGCGGGGCUGUCGGCGGCCGACGCGGUCCUCUACGCGCGUCACUGCAACAUCCCCGUGAUCCACACCUUCCGCCGGCCCGUGGACGACCCCGGCCUGGUCUUCAACCAGCUGCCCAAGAUGCUGUACCCCGAGUACCACAAGGUGCACCAGAUGAUGCGGGAGCAGUCCAUCCUGUCGCCCAGCCCCUACGAGGGCUACCUCAGCCUCCCCGAACACUGGCUGCUGCUCUUUAAGGCCGACCGCCAGGCCGUGUUCCGGGACCGCGACGGCCUCCAGAAAGUCUUUGGGGUCGCCCUGGUGCUGGUCCUCAUCGGCUCCCACCCCGACCUCUCAUUCCUCCCCGGGGCGGGCGCUGACUUGGCCAUGGACCCCGACCAGCCGCUGAGCGCCAAGAGGAACCCCAUCGACGUGGACCCCUUCACCUACCAGAGCACCCGCCAGGAGGGCCUGUACGCCGUGGGGCCGCUGGCUGGGGACAAUUUCGUGCGGUUCGUGCAGGGCGGGGCCCUGGCAGUGGCCAGCUCCCUGCUGAGGAAGGAGGCCAGGAAGCCACCCUAACACCCGGCCUGGCAUCCUCGUCCCCAGGCCCUAAAGAGGAAGGGAGAUUACACAGCCCAGCUAGACGCCCCAGUGAGCGGAGGGGGCCUCCCCUGGCGGGAGAAAGAGGGGCCGCGAGCCCAUGCGGCAGGCCUCCCCGAUGAAGAUGAGUCUGCGCAGUCUGCGCGCAGACCAGUGCCCAGGCCGGGAACAGAAGCCGCGGGCCGGCGUAGGCUGUGAUCUGGGGUGAAAGCCGCUGGUACGAGCUGGGGUCACCAGGGCCGGCUGAGCACAGAGCCAAGAGGACUGCAGGCCUUGCUCCUUCCAGAAUCAGGUCCCAAUUAAACCCAGUGCC